AUGUGCUCGCCGAGACGGGUCGGGCACGUGCCCCUAGCGCUGUUCCUGCUUUCGCUGCCGCUGCCGUUGCUCGCCGCGGAGAAAGACGGCCCAGAGCUGUGGGAGUCGGGCGACGUCGGCGGCGCGAUGCACGUGGACGGCGACGCGGCCUCGUUCGAGCGCGUGGAGCUGCGCUGCGGCGCGGACGCGAUGCACGUGCGCGUGGCGACGGCUCGCGACUUCCGCGGCGUGCUGUACACGCGCGGCUCCUUCCACGAGCGCCGGCCCCCCUGCUUCCUGGACGCCGACGGCGGCAACCGCUUCUCCAUGCAGCUGCCGCUCGACGCCUGCAACGCGCUCAACGAGGGCGACGUGCGGUACCGCAACGUGGUGGUGCUGCAGCACGACGACGAGUUCGUGGCCCCCGGGGACGCCGCCUUCACGCUGGAGUGCGACUUCAGCCAGCCCCGGUCGGUCGCCGUCGCCGCAGACCUCAGCCCCGACAGCGGCAGCUCCGCAGACGGGAAACCCGUGCAAGUGAGCUCACGGAUCAGUCUGGUGGACCCAGAUCCCGCGUCUGACAGCCACAGGCAGCGCCGUGCUGAUGUUGACAGUGACUCUGAUGCUGUGUCGCUCACACCUAACGAUGUGCUGCGCCGCCGCCGACGAAACGUCUCCAGGCUAUGACGACCGCCAUCUGCAACACAGUUCCUGACGCAGCUGCCUGGCGUCACUGCUCAUCAGCCUGCUCGGCCUGCGAUAUUCACAUAACGCAAGGGAUAUUAGAAAAAUAAUGAAAACUUUGGUACAUUUAAAUGAUCUCAUUUUAGUGUUAGUAUCUCUGUAAAAUAGAUUCAUGAACUCGACAUAUAUGUCACCACAAAUAAAUAUCUGUAAUAUUCUCAUGUUGGAAUAAUGCUCUGGAAACAGUAUAGGGCAUUACUGGCUGCCAAUAAUGUAUCAACAAACGCAAAUUAGCAAGCCUUCAAAAGAUAUUUA